AUGCGUUUCACGACCUUCGCUUCCGCAGCGCUUGCCGCCUAUUCUGUCCCUGUUCUGGCCACACCAGUGGCUAAGGCAGAGGCCCCUGUCCACGAGCGACAACUGUCGAGCUUGACCGGCUUGCUCGGCGGACUCCUGGACCUUCCAGUCGUCGGCUCCCUCCUCUCCGACCUUGGUAUUACUCUGGACGCCGACUCGGUCGACAGCGUCCUUGGAGAAGUCGAGUCUGUCGCCACCAACAUCCUGACCAACGCCGGCAGCGGUGGCGCCCUCAACAUUGUCGCUGAGAUCACUGGCGGUCUCGCAAACCUCAACAGCACCUUCGAGGGCAACGACCAGGCAACCGGUGCUAUCGGCAGCCUCACGAACAUUGUCGGUCUCGUCGAGGGUCUUGUUGGCAAGGCUACCGACGGAACUGCAACGGCUUCUGGUUCCAUCCCCAUUGUUGGCGACAUCCUCGGCGAGGUCGGAUCCGUCGUGGGCAGCCUCACCGGUGGCAAGUUCACUGGUGCAUCUUCGUCGGUCAUCCAGGGUGUCCUGAAGGGAGGACUUGGUAACUUGACAACGCUGCUGAACGACCUUUCUGCUCCCGGCAUCGUGAAGUCGCUUACCAGCGUUGUCGGCGUUGUCACAACACUCGGAGGAAACCUGGUCGGCAAGACCAUCUCAAGCGGUAGCCUUCCCGACGUCGGUGGCAUCCUGAGCUCGGUUCUCGGUUUCCUUAAGCUGUAA